CUCUGGUUUCUUCAGCUGUCAAUUCUUCAGUGCCCGCGGCAGAACCAACAGGGGAGGCAAAAGGGAAAAGCUAGGAUUGGGGGUGCAGGCGGGCAAAAAUCAUCGAGAGCGAAAUCGUGAGGGAAAAUGAAAAAAUGUGUCGCCUGGGUGCCGGAUUUCCCCGACCUUGGUCGCCGGAGAUGCCGCGCCGGCGCCACCCGCGUGUCUGGUGGGCAGAGGGGCCCUUGGUUCCGCGCGUGUCUGGCGGGUAUUGAAGCCCUGGAUCCCACGCGUCAAUGGAGUAUUCGGAUCUCAGAGUGUGACCACGCGGCGGCGGGCAGAGGAGCUCGGGGAGACAGAAGAGCCGCAUCCCGCAGCUGGGUGAAGGUGGAGUUGCUAAUUUGCAUUGUUGGAAAAUAAUAAUUUGGUAGAUUUUGUAUGUUCGAAAUGAAUCACACAUACCAAAUUUAUCUCCGGCAAAUCAGGGAUUUGUUUAGGUCGAGAUCCCAUAACUCUUUGAUAGGAUCACGACUCGGAGACUCGAUCAGGAGAAGAGUAGGAUCACGCCCGCGAUGAAGCAACUCGAGCCGAGUCGGCCGAGAGAAGGGAGCUACUAGGAGCGCACAAUCCGGCAGCUGACCCUUCGAACUCCCUUGAUUUCUACUCUUAAAAUUAGAGCCAAACUUCCGCCGCAUAAUCUGUCCGCCUAGAACUCUGGAGGAUCACGACUCGAACACUGCAUCUGGAGAAGAGUAGGAUCACCCUUCGGACUCCCUUUGUUUCUACUCGUAUAAAAUUAGAAUCAAAAACUUCCAACGACCACAGCCGUUUCCUGGCUAUAUCUCUGCAACCGAGAGCGUGAUUUCGAUCCCUGGAUUUGCUCGCGUCGGAGGCUCGGACUGGAGCAGAGCAGAGCAGUCGGCCGGCCCCAACUCCAAUUCCUCUUAUUACUAGACAAAUCCUCUCGACUGAAACACCAUUGUAUGCCAUUACAGGUGCACAAUGAUCAACAAUACAGUAUGCAAAAGAACUUCCUCAAACCGUAUCAGUGGGAAACCAAUCUAUAAGAAAGCGAGGCCAAAUGUUAAACUGGAAGACCUUCCACAGGAUCUGCUGUGCACCAUUGUAUCAAAGUUGCCUGCUAAAGAAGUUUCAAGAGCUACUGUUUUAUCAAGCUAUUGGAGAUAUAUCUGUGGUAUUUGCUGCUACAAAUUAUGUUUCACUGGUGCUACUGGGUGUUGCCGUGAUACUUUAGAAAGAAAAGAAUACCUCCAGUGCAUCCAUAAAUUCAUCAAUAAUGUCAAUACAGCCGUGCAAAAGUGCCAUGCCAAGUUGGUUGAAGAGUUCAAUGUCAGAUUCGAGUUCGACGCAAUGCUGGUUGAUCAUCUAAAUAAUUGGGUUAAAUUUGCGGUAUCAUCACAGGCAAAGAGCAUAGUUUUCUAUUUACGGCCUAUUAACAUGAGACGCACGGAUGUAGAUCGCUACUUAUUUCCAUUUCACCUUUUGGAUAGUGGAAGCAACAUGUCUCAUCUACAGUGUAUACAGCUUAGCUUUGUAUCUUUCAGACCACCAUCUGAAUUCAGAGGUUUCCCAAGCCUGAGAAAGCUUGCUUUGCAGUUUGUCGAUAUCACUAUAAAGGAUCUUGAAGUUAUACUGUCCAAUUGCUAUAAUCUUGGAUGGCUCAGCUUAGUCAGAUGCUUCCUGAAUGGCGAACUAAAGUUGGAUCGUCCGUUGUCCCGCCUUCGACACCUAACAGUUGUAUACUGUAAGGUGACCAGGAUAGAACUUCAUGUUACGAAACUCGUUACCUUUGUAUAUGAUGGUCCCAUUAUUCCUAUUGUUAUAGCUCAACAUUCGAAGCUGGAAAAUGCACAUAUACGAUUCUUCAAGGCAACUUAUCAAGAUGCUGUCAGUGCACUUCUGAAUGGUAUUCCGACCAUGCAAAAUCUGACUCUCCAGAUUACUUGCCCACAACUAGAGGUGCAAUCAUUGUUGAAUAACACAUGCAAGUUUUCCCAUCUUAGGCGCUUACAGUUGUUAAUGUGUAUAUUAGCUCAACAUAUUGAGAAGCUUCCAUAUGUACUAGUUUCCAUACUGAGGGAAGCUCCAUUUAUUGAAAAGCUUGAGAUCCAUUUUGCUACCUGUCGCCACCUUUGUUUUGCGAACAAUGGUACUUUGGACAAUCAGCCUCUUCAGCGGUGUGAAUAUACUUAUCUGAAGAGUAUGCAUAUGACGGGAUAUAAAGGGGCAAGAGGUCAACUUGAAUUUCUUCUACAUAUUGUGGAAAAUGCCCCUGCGCUGGAGGUAUUAACUGUGGACACAACUGAACGGCUUAAUGAAUAUGAAGAUGUUUCAGUAAACUUGAUUUGCAGAAAAAAAUCAUGCUCCGAGCGCGCUGCUCUGCAUGCCGAAUCUUGUCUCAGUGAAAAACUUUCACCAAAGGUGAAGCUUUGUGUUAUGUAGGUAGGGCUCCUUUAGAGUCAACAAGUGUGUGUCUGCUUCUGUUGAAAAAUUGUGCCACCAUAUGCCGUGAGAGUAUUUGUGA